GUUAAUUUCGGAUAUCAAACAUUUUUUGCAAUUGCGUGUAAUUUAUGAAAAAUUUUAAAUAUUAGUUUGUGAUAUGUUUUCGUUACCGCUCGUAUUGAUUAUAAUUAUAGUGGCCCUUGUUGUGGGACUAUAUAUUCGAAUGCUGUACAAUUUCGGGAGAAAAGUGCGCAUAGUGGAUAGUGUUAGUAGGACAAAUGAAGUCAUUGUCAAAGAAUACAAACAAGCGCCUGGUCCAGUUCCUUGGCCUAUAAUUGGAAAUUUAUCAUUGUUGGCAAGAUUUAGAGUUCCCUUUGAAGGUUUUACAGAGUUGUCAAAUGAACUUGGUGACAUUUAUACUCUAACACUUGGGUCUACACGCUGUUUGGUGGUUAACAACUUGGAACUUAUACGUGAAGUACUCAAUCAAAAUGGAAAAUUCUUCGGAGGUCGCCCAGAUUUUUUGCGAUAUCAUAAACUAUUUGGGGGAGAUCGUAAUAACUCUCUGGCAUUGUGUGAUUGGUCGUCGCUUCAACAAAGACGUCGCAAUCUUGCCCGUAGGCAUUGUUCACCCAGAAAUUCAUCAUCAUACUUUUUAAAAAUGUCAAAUGUUGCCGCAUUUGAAGCUAGUGAACUAAUGGAAAAAAUGAAUGAAAAAGUACCUACGGGUGAGGAGUUCGAGAUUAAGCCACUUAUUCAACAGACUUGUGCCAAUAUGUUUACACAAUAUAUGUGUUCUAUGCGCUUCGACUAUGAUGACACAGACUUUCAAAUGAUUGUCAAAUAUUUUGAUGAAAUCUUUUGGGAAAUUAACCAAGGAUACGCUCUGGACUUUAUGCCAUGGUUGUCACCUUUUUACAAGAAACAUACAAAAACUAUUGUUGGUUGGUCUUAUAAUAUCAGAAAGUUUAUACUGGAACGCAUUAUUAACGAUCGCGAACAACAUUUGGAUUUCGAUGAACCUGAAAGGGACUUUACAGAUGCGCUCUUAAAGAGCUUGCUUGAAGACAAGAAUGUUUCACGAGACACUAUUAUUUACAUGCUGGAAGAUUUCAUUGGUGGUCAUUCGGCUGUAGGAAAUCUAGUUAUGAUGUCAUUGGCCUAUAUUGCCAAAAAUCCAUCCAUUGGAAAGCAAAUACAAAUUGAAGUUGAUGCUAUAUCUAAUAAAGGUCAGAGAAAAAUUAAUCUGUAUGACAUGGAAAACAUGCCGUAUACAAUGGCCACAAUCUAUGAAGUUUUACGUUAUUCGUCAUCUCCUAUUGUGCCCCAUGUAGCCACAGAAGAUACUGUUAUUGCAGGAUACGGAGUUACUGAGGGUACAGUUGUAUUCAUCAAUAAUUAUAAACUUAAUACAAGUUGUCAAUACUGGAAAAGUCCUGAGCUAUUUGAACCUAAGCGAUUUCUGGAAACAUUAGACGAAGUCGAAAUUACAAACACGCAAUCCUCAAGAACAUGUACCCAAAGUAAUGCAGACAAAAUCACAGAGACGAAACGACGGAACUCAGAAGGCUCUGAUUCUGGUAUAGAAUAUGAUAAAGAUGCAUUAGCUAUGAGUUCAUCGGUAUCGGAGAGUUCUGUUCUAAAUUCAUUUUCAAAGACUCAAAAUCUUACUAAAGCAAAGCAUUGGGGCCGUGGGAAGAUUCAAAUUAAAAAAAAUAUACCUCAUUUCUUGCCUUUUAGUAUAGGUAAACGCACCUGCAUUGGACAAAAUCUUGUACGAGGCUUCGGCUUUAUUUUACUGGCAAACAUUAUCCAGCAAUACGAUGUUACUUCCAAGAAUUUGUCAAGCAUUAAAACAGUACCAGCAUGUGUUGCUUUGCCAACAAAAACGUUUCCUUUAGUAUUCAACCCUCGCAAUGCGAUUAGGAUUCUAAAAGAACAAAAUUAAAUUAAUUAAAUGGAUAAAAUCAGUUAUGCUAGGUAGGAAGGUAGAACAGGUUUUUAUUUUAAUUGGUCUCUGAUACUGGU